AUGAGGAGGGAGAACCAGAGCAGCGUGUCCGGCUUCCUCCUCCAGGGGCUCCCCAUCCGGCCGGAGCAGCAGGGCGUGUUCUUCGCCCUGUUCCUGGGCAUGUACCUGACCACGCUGCUGGGGAACCUGCUCAUCAUCCUGCUCAUCAGGCUGGACUCUCGCCUCCACACGCCCAUGUACUUCUUCCUCAGCCACUUGGCCUUCACUGAUGUCUCCUUUGCAUCUGUCACUGUCCCAAAGAUGUUGAGGGACAUGCAUACUAAGUACAAAUUCAUCCCCUAUGCGGGGUGCAUUUUACAGAUGUAUUUUUUCAUAGUUUUUGGCUGUCUUGACAGUCUCCUUCUUGCAGUGAUGGCAUAUGACAGGUACGUGGCCAUCUGUCACCCUCUACGCUAUACCACCAUCAUGAGGGAGGGGCUGUGUGUGCUGCUGGUGGCUGGUUCCUGGCUUGUCUCUUGUGGCACUGCCCUCUUGCACACCCUCCUCCUGGCCAAACUGUCCUUCUUUCCUGACAAUAUUAUUCCCCAAUUCUUCUGUGACCUUCCCCUCCUACUCAAGCUGUCCUGCUCAAAUACCUCUGUCAAUGAGAUGGUCGUAUUAAUCGUAGUGGCUGUGCUUGGCAUUAUUCCAUUGAGUGGUAUAUUGGUCUCUUAUGGCCGUAUUGGGGCCUCUAUCCUGAGAGUCCCCUCUACCACAGGGCUCCGCAAAGCUUUGUCCACAUGUGGCUCCCACCUCUCUGUGGUGUCUCUCUUCUAUGGAACAGUUCUAGCACUGUAUUAUUCCUCUUCAUUAAGUGAUUCCAAUGACAAAUCUAUGACUGCCUCUCUGAUGUAUACAGCAGUGACUCCCAUGUUAAACCCCUUUAUUUACAGCCUAAGGAACAGAGACAUAAAAUUGGCUCUGGGGAUUCUUUUCAGAAACAACAUCCUAGUCACCAAGUGA